AUGGCUGCCACCAAUCUCGAUGCCACAUUUGACCGCAUCACCGACUAUAUUGAAGGAAUGAAAUGGCACGUGGAAAGGCUAUACCAAUUGCUACCUAAACUUAUCCCACAAAAUCCAACUUUCCUUGUCCAAACACCUUGUAGCGAGAGCUUUGCGAAGGAAGAUGUGGGCUUGGAUGAGGAGGAGAAAAUGCGGUUUUGGGUGACUUUGGAUGAGGUGGUGAGAGGCGUGCCUAGUUCUGAGAAGAUUGUGGUAGCAGGAGAUUUCAAUGGGUACAUCGGGGCGUUGCCGGGAGGCUUUGGCGAUGUGCAUGGUGGUUUUGUUUUUGGGGAGAGGAAUGAUGAGGGAGCAGCUAUGUUGGAGUUUACAAGGUCCUUUAGGCUGGUGAUGGUGAAUUCGAGCUUUUCGAAGAAGGACGAUCACCUGAUCACCUUCCCAAGCGAGAUGGCCAAAACCUAA